UCUUCUCCCAUUCAUAAUUAAAAGAUAAUCUACGCACACACUAUAAACAUUUUGUGCCUUUUUUUUUGCAUUAUAUAAUCAAAACCAUUAUUAAACUAAGCCUAUACUAGUUAGUAUUCAUUUUGUGCCCUUCAUGGAAGAGCAAAAAAAACUUCCCAAUUUUUUAAUAUCCGUGAAACUUAAAUAUGUGAAACUUGGUUACCACUAUUUAAUUUCUAAUGCUAUGUACCUUAUUUUAAUACCACUUCUUGGAGUAUCUUUAGCUCAUUUAUCAACAUUUUCAAUCAAUGAUUUAAUCCAAUUAUAUGAAAAUCACAAAUUCAACUAUGUGUCAAUGAUACUAUGUCCAAGUUUAAUUGUAUUUCUUGCUACCCUUUUUUUUAUGUCACGUCCAAGAGAUGUAUACUUAGUUGAUUUGGCAUGCUAUAAACCGCCACAAAAUUUGUCAGCCACAAAAGAAGCUUUUGUGGAAGGGUCAAAGUUAACAAAAGCAUUUACAGAAGAAAAUAUUUUGUUUCAAAAGAAAAUACUUGAGAGGUCAGGUUUAGGACAAAAGACAUAUUUUCCUCCAUCAGUUAGAUUUUUCCCACCAAAUCCUUGUAUGGAUGAAGCAAGGAAAGAAGCUGAAGAGGUUAUGUUUGGCGCUAUUGAUGAGGUUCUUGAGAAAACUGGUGUGAAUGCUAAGGAUAUUGGGAUUUUGGUUGUGAAUUGUGGUAUGUUUAGUCCAACACCUUCAUUAUCUGCUAUGAUUGUGAAUCAUUAUAAAUUGAGAGAGAAUGUCUUGAGUUAUAAUCUUGGUGGUAUGGGUUGCAGUGCUGGUGUUAUCUCUAUUGAUCAAGUCAAACAUCUUCUGCAGGUACAUCCAAACUCAUACGCCUUAGUAGUGACUACAGAGAACAUAACACUAAAUUGGUAUAUGGGAAACAACAAAUCAAUGCUUGUCACAAAUUGUCUAUUUAGAAUGGGAGGAGCUGCAAUCCUUCUCUCUAACAAACCCAGCGACCGUCGUCGAGCCAAAUAUCAACUAGUCCACACCGUCCGUACACACAAAGGUGCGGAUGACAAAUCAUACGGCUGUGUCUUUCAAGAAGAAGAUGACACAAAGAGAAUAGGCGUAUCACUCUCAAAAGACCUAAUGGCUGUCGCCGGAGAAGCACUAAAAACAAACAUCACAACAUUAGGACCUUUAGUCCUUCCUAUGUCAGAACAACUCUUAUUUUUCGCCACAUUGAUUGCACGGAAAAUCUUCAAGAUGAAAAUAAAACCAUACAUUCCUAAUUUUAAAUUAGCUUUUGAACAUUUUUGUAUUCAUUCCGGAGGCAAGGCAGUUUUGGAUGAAAUAGAAAAAAAUCUUGAGUUGAAUGAAUGGUAUAUGGAACCAUCAAGGAUGACACUUUAUAGAUUUGGAAACACUUCUAGUAGUUCAUUGUGGUAUGAAUUGACUUAUACAGAAGCUAAAGGAAGGAUUAAAAAAGGUGAUAGAAUUUGGCAAAUUGCAUUUGGUUCUGGUUUUAAGUGCAAUAGUGCUGUUUGGAAAGCUUUGAAGACUAUUAAUCCUUCUAAAGAGAAGAAUCCUUGGAUUGAUGAGAUUCAUGACUUUCCUGUUCAUGUGCCUAAAGUUGCAAAAUUGAAUUGAUUCUUCAAUAUCAAUCUUUUCAUGUUUCUAAAUGCU